CCGGUGUACCGCAGCGACACCAGCGACUGGCGCCUGUACCACAUCCCUGACAAAUGGGUUAUUGGUAAGACUGUAGGUGCAACGGAAGGGUACACCAUGUUCGUGAAGAGUGACCACUUUAACGCUGACGAAAUUACUGGAUCUUUCUUCAUCCGAUACCAUGGUGUUUGGAGAGCAUCGCCAAACGUCCAUGUAUCAUGUACAGUGGAGAACGUUGCCCGUGGAAAACCCGCCUCGCAAAGCAGCACCGAUGGGUCCAAUAAUGCUGACCUGGCCGUGGACGGAGAGAAGGGGACGUCCGUGCCUGAGGGACAGUGUACCUUGACCAACGCUGAGACCGGCCCGUGGUGGCAAGUUGACCUCGGGAGAGACUGGCCAGUUUCAACCGUGCGAGUUCUCAACCGCGGGGACUGUUGUGGACGCCUUCUCCAGAAUUUUGAAGUUCGAAUAAAAGGAGAAUGGCAGUCGUGGGAAUCAAGUGAAAUCUGCGGGACCCCGUAUGACCAAAAGCCAGCCAACGGACAGAGCAUCACGGUAGACUGUAGGCGCCCCAUCGUCGGUAGACACGUCCGAAUCCAGCUGCCUGAGAGGUCGGACACAGACGUGCUGUCGGUGUGUGAGGUGGAGGUGUUUCCAGGCUUGGGAUGCCCUGCUGGUUACGUCGUCCACGGGGGUAUCUGCUACAAGCCCAACGAGACCCCGAUGACCCACGCGGACGCACAGGCAACAUGCCAAGAAGAUGGCGGUACGCUGGCAAUGCCACGUCAUCGCCACACCAACCAGUUCCUGACCGACACGGCGAUUCGCGAGGACACUCAAAGUGACUACUGGAUCGGGCUGUCCAAUCAGAACGAGUCGUGGGCGUGGAGGGACGGGAAUCUGCUCUGCGGGUUCAGAGGAUGGGGAGCAGGCAUGCCGUCGACAUCAAACAGCUGCGCAGUACUACGCUUAGACGGCAAUUGGAAAGAUGAACCUUGUGAGGCGACAGCAAAGUUCUUCUGUCAGGUCCAAACUGCAGUGGAUCUUGCGACUGUCGGGUACCAACCAUACGGCGGAGCUUUCCUCUCAGCUUUCCUGAUAGAAACGACGUUUGAAGAGGCUAAAGUCGCCUGUGAUCAGUUCGGUGGAGGACGUCUUGCUCAGCCCACAACAAAGGAGUUCAAUGAUCGGUUGAUGAGUGUGGCAGGAGAGGCAUCUGCUGAUGGCAGCUUCUGGAUUGGUUUGAAGAUGUAUGAGGACUUCUGGUCAUGGUCUGAUGGUACCCCGAGUGAAACGUCAUACAGCAGCUGGGCACCGGGAGAACCGUCGGGGGAGGGCUGCGUCACAACAACGCCAGCUGGAGAAUGGAGCGUAAAGGACUGCGAUGAAACUGCAUUCUACGUUUGUCAGAUAGGCGAUGAGAGCUUAUGUGAGAUGGAACCUCACACUACAGUACGAUGUGGUGGAAAGGUAAGCGGAAGUUUUGGCCACAUCUCAUCACCAGGGUAUGGACAACAUCUGAACAUCCCGGCAGACCUUGACUGUGAAUGGAAGAUCACUGUCCCAACCGGUAUGGUCAUCAAGUUCACGGUUGAAGACUUUCAAAUGGGGCCAAACGGCUUCCUGGAGAUAUUCGACUUCUGUCCAUACGGACGCAGCGUCAAAAUUCUGUCAGGAUCUGUCGAAUCGUCUCUGGACAUCACCAACAACGCCCAUGAAGCAUUCCUCGAAUUCAGCUCGAAUGGGCUACAGAUCACACACGGCUUCAACAUCAGUUACCGAGGUAUUUAUUACUUUCACCAAUAA